AUAAAAGCAUUCUUUACAGAAUCUCAUAUAUGCUAUUUUGUAAUGGCAAUUUUGUUAUUAGAGUCUUAUCAUUUAAUUAUGGUAGGCCACCAAGGCCUGGCAAUAACCUAUGUUUGAGGGUACCUUAGAUUUCAGUGACCAAUAACUCAGAUUUCAUUUAAUGACCCAUGUCCUAGAGAGCCGUAUUGUGUACCCACACAGGUACUCCAUUAACACACAAACACAAUUAGCCUACAAACUAAUGGAUUUCAAUGAGGUGUCACCAUGUACCCUUUAAGUUGUAACUAAUCCACUGUGUACCAUCUAUCUCCAACCUCCUGAUCUCCACUUAAACCUUCUAGUAUUUUCUCCUUUUCCUUUCAUGUGACUUGUGUCCUACUAUUUGCUUUGAGUAUUCCUUGAGUUGGAUCACCAUAGACUUCUAACUUUUGUGUGCCCUUCAUUUGGCUAAGUCUACCAAUACCUCAUUUCCACACCCUGCAAACAUCUCUAUGCUUGAAGCUCUCUGGCCCCCUGUACUGCCUCUCUCUGCUUUCAUUUUACCUCCCCUGGCCUCAGGAACCCCCUCCAUUUCCACAGUGGCCCAUUUCUGGAUUUCAACAUACAACAGAUUCAAAGCUAGGACUUAAUAUGAGAGAGCAGGUGGAGUUUGUCCACUCUGCAUCCCAUAACCUCAGUAUGAUUUUUUUUUAGUUUCAUCCAUUACAAUAGCAAUUUAUGUCUUUCAAUUAUUUUAAAUGUAAAUAGGCAAAAAUCUUUUAUUUAAAAAACAAUAGAGUAGGGACUGGAGAAGAUGGCUUAGUAGCUAAGAGCAUUUCCUGCCAUUGCUCAGAACCUGGCUUUGUUUUACCAGGUCCAUUCAUGGCCAUCUCUAGAGUUCCAGAGACCUUCUGGACUUUGUGGACAUAAAGCAUGCAUGUGUAUGGUGUACAUAUAGGGACUAGGUAGGGAAACAUACAUAAAAAUCUUAAAAAUAAUAAAAGAGGAAAUGCAUUUUAUAAAACCACAACUAUUCUGUCUGUUAUCUAGGAGAGACUCAGAGUGAUUCAAGACACAAACAGACUGACAAUGACGGGAACAAAGACACUGAGUGCAAAUGCUAACCAGUGGGAGGAAGUGUGACUGUAGUAGUCAAAUAGAAUUUAAAUAUAACAGUCAUACACUGAUAACGAGCAACAUGCCUUCAGGCUUUCAGAACUGAACUAAAUAAAUGCUUAUUUAUUUAGUAGAUACCCAUCAAUACUGAAUCAGAAAAAAAUUAGAACAAUUUAAACAGACUUAAACUGAAUUAGAAAUUGAGAACAGAAAAUUUCCCAAAGGGAAGGUUUUCUAGAUGGAUACAUGAGUGGUUUCUACCAAAUGUUCUUAGCUGAACUAAACCAAUUUCACUUAAAUUGUACCAGGCCACCUAGAAGGAAGCAAAAAAGUUUCCAAACUGCUGUAAAGUCAACAUCAAAGGAUACCAAAGCCUGAUAAGAAUAUCCAUGAUGAAUACACGAGCACAAACGGGGAGCUAGUAAAUGAGGAAGUGCAUUGAAUGGAGUGGACAUCACUGUUUUGCCCUUAAGACACAGAUAUGUUAACUAAGGAACCUAAUCAGUGUACCACACUAAUGACAGAAGGAUGGAAGAACAGCACAAUAGUGGGCACUGCUGUGCGUUCAGUAUGUCUUCCAAAUGAUUGUGUAGGACCCUGAAUAUUCGCAACACAGUUGUUUUCAGAUGUGAGGCCUAGUGGGGAGCAUCUAGGCUGUGGAGACAAGGACACCAAGACAUGCCCAUAGUGGCCAUUCAAAAGUUUUCCAUACAUGAGUGAUGCUGCAGUGGUACCCAUCUGCCUACUCCCACAGAGCUCAUCACUCUGCAUGUUGUGCCUUACUGUUUCUGAUAACUUCCUGUCAUAGUUUGAGACAAAAUCAUUUAUGUCUUUGGAAACUGCAGUCCAGAUAAUGCAUUUUCACAUCAGGGCUCCAUUACCUCACGAUCCUAAGUUCAUCUUUGCUCUGUCAAAGCUGGUAAACAGCUGUGGGCAGGUAGACUUUGCCCUAGGAAUCAGUUGGGAAUCUGAGUUAAAAUGUACCCCUCUUUAUUCAGACUGUAUGCAUUAUUAUGUUAUUAUCAUUGUUGCCUCUGCUGCUUAGUAUGCUUCUGUUGAACCCAGGAUGAAAAAUAUUGUCAGCUAGUACAAGUACAUUAGUUUGAAUUGUUUGAGAAUGUGUUAAGCAAAAUGUUAGCGUGUUCCAAAGGUACUUAGACAGACGUUGUAAUUAUUAACUUGUUUUGUCAGAAGUAUUGUGUACCCAGUGAUGAGAUCCUGGGUGCUCUGGGAUUUUAAAAAUCUUCAUGAGAAAAGCAGCUGAAGAUGAGGUUGAGAUACUUGCUAUUUAUUUUUAUAUUAUUCAUCUUAGGAGACGUCUAUGCAGAAGAGAAGCAGUGUGAUCUUCCUGCUGUGGAAAAUGGAAGGAUUGCCCAAUAUUAUUAUACAUUUAAAAGCUUUUACUUUCCAAUGAGUAUAAACAAAACACUAUCAUUCUUUUGUCUGGCUGGCUAUGCAACCGAAAGUGGGAAGCAAGAAGAGAAAGUCAGGUGUACAUCAGAAGGCUGGUCUCCAAAGCCAAGGUGCUUCAGUAAAAAAAUGCCUGAAGCCUGUCCUAAGGAAUGGUUAUGUCUCCGAUGGGAAAGUUCUAUACAAAAUUCAAGAGUCCAUGCGCUAUGGUUGCACUUCAGGAUAUAAAACCACUGGAGGAAAGAAUGAGGAGGUGGUUCAGUGUCUUCCUGAAGGAUGGUCUUCUCCACCGUCCUGCAGGAAGGAGCAAGAGACGUGCUUGGCCCCUGAGUUGUAUCAUGGGAAUUAUUCCACGAUGCAGAGAAUAUUCAAAGUGAAGGACAAAGUGCAGUACUCCUGUGCUGCUGGGUACUACACCACUACGGGGAAGCAGGCUGAGGAAGCAGAGUGCCACGCACACGGGUGGUCCUUCACACCACAGUGCAACAAAUUAAUGUGCUCUUCUUUGAGAUUAAUAGAAAAUGGCUAUUUUCAUCCUGUAAAGCAAACCUAUGAAGAAGGAGAUGUAGUUCAAUUUUUCUGUCAUGAAAAUUAUUAUUUAAGUGGAUCUGAUUUAAUUCAGUGCUAUAACUUUGGCUGGUAUCCAGAAUCUCCCAUAUGUGAAGGAAGAAGAAAUCGAUGUCCUCCUCCACCCGUGCCUCUACAUUCCAAAAUUCAACCACAUUCAACAACUUACCGCCAUGGGGAAAGAGUGCGCAUAGAAUGUGAACUUAAUUUUGUGAUUCAGGGUUCAGGAGAACUACUCUGUGAAAAUGGAAAGUGGACAGAACCUCCCAAAUGCAUUGAAGAGAAAGAGAAGGUAGCCUGUGAGCAACCACCCUCCAUUGAACAUGGCGCUGCACAAACACACUCCGAGAUUUACUUCAGUGGAGAUAAAGUGACAUACAGGUGUGAACGGGGCUACUAUCUCCGGGGAUCAAGUACAAUAACUUGUAGUCGUGGCCAGUGGACGCUGCCACCUGAGUGUGUUGAAAAUAAUGAGAGCUGUAAGCCUCCACCUGAAAUAGCAAAUGGUGCUGUUGUUGAUGGGUUACUGGCAAGUUACACAACAGGAUCCUCCGUGGAGUACAGAUGCAAUGAAUAUUACUUAUUGAGGGGAUCAAAAACAUCUCGCUGUGAACAAGGAAAGUGGUCAUCUCCACCAGUUUGUUUGGAGCCAUGCACUAUUGACGUGGAUCACAUGAACAGAAACAACAUACAGAUGAAGUGGAAAUAUGAGGGCAAGGUUUUACACGGAGACCUAAUAGAUUUUGUGUGUAAACAGGGAUAUGACUUGUCUCCGACAACCCCGCUGUCUGAGGUGUCUGUGCAAUGCAAUAGAGGAGAUGUGAAAUACCCCGUGUGUGUUAGAAGAGAAUCUAAAGGGAGGUGUGCAUCUCCUCCGGUGAUAAGAAAUGGAGACAUUGUUAGUUCAGCAGCCAGCACCUAUGAAAACGGCUCCUCAGUAGAAUACCGGUGUUCUGAGAACCAUUUCCUGCAAGGGUCCAGGGAGGCCUAUUGUGUAGAUGGAAUGUGGACGACACCACCGUUGUGUUUAGAACCUUGCCCAUUGUCAUUUGUUGAAAUGGAUAAGAAUUAUUUACAGCUGAAAUGGAAUUUUGACAAUAGACCACUUAUUCUCCAUGGCGAGUAUAUUGAAUUUAUGUGUAAGAGAGAUGCAUACACAACUGAGACAUCUAUUAGUGGGUCUGAACUUCGAGUGCAGUGUGACAGAGGAAAGCUGAGAUAUCCAAAGUGUACUCCAAGAUAAAGGAGUCUGUCUUUUCAAGAAGCUGCACAGACAUAAAAGCAAAUGGAAGGAAGAUAAAGUGUAUUUCGACAUAUCAUGAAUCCUGCACAUAAAAUAGUUUUAGGAAGACUGUGCUGAGUUUGGUGUCCUGACAUUUUAUUUCUGCAUAAAAAUAUGCUCGAUAUUUUCCUUAUUGAUGAAUCAAAGCAACAAUACAUUUCAUAUUAGCUUGAUUUCGCAUUUAACUUGAACUUCAUUGUUCUUUUCACCUGUUAAGUUUGAUUUAGUCAGCAAAUCCUUCCUGUUUCCAGAUUAUUGCCAGACUGUAUUGUUUUCUUUAGUUUCUAUGGAAACUACAUUUGUCUUUACUAUUUUCAUUAAAAUUAAGGUUUUCUGUUC